CAUAACCUUGAUGCACCUACGUGUUUUCCUUGCGCUGUUUAAUUUUCCUAGUUUUAAAAACGUUUUGGCUUGUGUUUGUGCACAGCCCGGAUGCGACUUUGUUGGCGUAAAUCGUUCGCACGAUAAUUCAUUCGCCGCAGAUCGGCUGCACGCAGUGCGUGUAUUUUUAAUCCUGCGAAAUGUCUCGGCCGGCGCACCGAAUGUUGCACAUUUUGCUCCGCUUUGUGUAAAAGUCAUCUAUUAAUACGCCCUUUGUUGAAAAAACGGCAAACUUAUUCACUACCAAACAUCGUUAAAAGUGCACGACAUGUUUUCGCGCGAGGUGGUCGAGAAGAUCCUGCUGCACUGCGAUGGGAAGACGCUCAAAGUUGCCGAAAAAGUGUGUGUUGAAUGGCAGCAAAUCGUUGAAUACUUGGUACAGAAACAUAAUUUAUGGCACAAAUGUGUUCAUCAGGACAUACCAGCUCAAGAAUUACUACAAUAUAAGAGCAAAUGGCUUGCUGCGAGUGACAAAUGCAUCAAUUGGGAGCAACUGUAUGAAAACUGGAUGUGCUGGCAUGAUAUUAAGCAGAAUAUUCAAUUUCACAAGGGCACAACUUGGAAAAUCAAUAAAAUAUCAUGUUUUAGUGUUAUUGGUGAUUAUAUCGCUAUCGGACUAACUAAUGGUUCAGUUAAAGUUUUUAAUAAAUCCGGAUCCGUUGUAGAAACUUACAGGCAUUUAAUUGUGCAAGUUCAAUCAAUACAUUUUGUUAGAGAACUGCCAACUUCAGGUGAAACAAAACCCCCAACAGAAUUACUGAUUGCUUAUCAAGAUAAAGUGAUAAUCAACGAUUUUCGCGGUUCGUACGCGCCUGGAACAUUCUACAAUUGUUACAUUUUCAGCAGUUAUAAGAACUUUAUGUGUGGUGUAUCACAAGAAGGACAUAUUACCAUAGCAAAAGUGAGCAACGACGAGGCAAACCGCAAGAAAUCGUUUCAAGUUGUAACUUAUGCGCGGAUUUAUUCACCUGACACUGUCAAAAGUUGCACACUCUGGGAAAACGUGUGUUUGAUUCUUGUCAAUGACAAAGUGAGAGUGAUAAAUUACAAAGAAGGUAGUAAAAGCUCACAGUUCAUGGCUGUUGAACUUACUACUCUACAGUUUUCGAAUGUGUACUACAUGAUGCGUCGAGAUGUUUUUAUCUUUCAUGAUAAAGUUAUUAUUACCGUCACAAAAUCGAUGGAUAUAAUGCAACAGCAACUUUUCGAACUUUUUAUCCUGAAUGAUGAGGAAAAGCGGAAUAGUAAGAAGAUGUUCGUACCUUGGGAGGUGUUCAAUGCGUUCAUCACUUGCGUUUACCUCUAUGGGAAUACACUGGUGAUUGGAUUGAGCAGCGGCGUUGUUUAUUUCUACGUUAUAGACGAUUGGAAGUUGUUUGACAUAGCCAACUAUUCCGAGUCGAUCGGCAUGACGGAUGUAUCGCCGAUUAUUUCCAUCGAUGCGGUGGAAAGCUACGAGAAGAGAGAGUUUUAUAUUGCGAGCAAUACUUUUGUUCGUAAGGUGAUCGGACAGACUGUGAGAUAAUAACUAAACUAAAACUAUAUUUUUUACAAUUUGACUGUUAAAAUCGAUUUGCUUAAAAAUUUAAGAUUUUAUGAAAAUUAAAGUAUUUUUUAAUACAAAACUGUUGAUAAUCUAUUGGUAAAACCACUAGAAUUUAUUAAGAACAUAAUUUUAUUGUUAUCUUCUGAUCAACAGUGAAAACAUCAAAUAUAUUCUCAUCUUUCAUUUCA